CAGCAAAAAGACACAGGGAUCAUGAUCCUGCUUCCACACCGAAUCCUCCAACAACAGACACGUUUUCCACGGCUGAUCUUCAGAAUACACCCUUAAAGCACCAUGAGGGAUCUCUAAGGACUAUUUUCUUUCUUUCUUCUUUCCUUUUUGAAGCACACAUUUGAGUUUUCUGAAAUUCAAAACUUGCUACAGCAACAUGAGUGUGAAGAGGAAAAAGGCAGGACUGGUCAUCAGCUGGCAGAAGUCAUUUUCCAUCCUGGCACCUUGGAGGAAAGGAAAAGGAGACAAAGACACACUACUGGACAGUGAAGUGGUCCUGACAAAAAUGAAGCUUUUCAGCAACUUCCAUGAAAGUCUCCUAAGGGCUGAUGAUGCUGUUUCCACCAUCUCCACCGUGUCAGUUGCUGACCAGGAAAACUCUGAUGCCAGUAAAUUCUCUCAGGUGAAUUCUCAACUUCAUGAAAAGUCUGGGCUGCCUCAGAUGAAGUCGGGCUCCAACUAUCUGUCUGCCAUUUUCUCAGAGACUCAGCUCCCAAGGUUGUACAAGUUUGAAUCUGAGGACUCUGGAGUGGAGCUCCCCAGCGGAGCCAAUUCUCCAUCCACCCCAACAGGCUCUGAGCAGAGCUUUGUGGUCCACAGUCGAGAGUCUUCCUGUGACUCCUCCAAUUUGAACUCUGAACCCACCAUCCUCCCUGAUAAACCUGUUGCAGAUAAAAAGAGCCCUGAGAUAAAACAGGCAACGGAUGCAGUGGAUAACAGUUUAAAUACAGCACUGGAUACUCAGGACAGUAUGUUCAUUCAUUCAAAUACACUCAUUUCUUCAGCUAUGACAGUAGAGUUGCACAUAGGUGAGCACAUGGACCAGUGCAGGGUUCCAGAAACAGGUCCUGAAGAAAAUGAAGAUCUUGGGGACACCACUCCUGUGACAGAAAGGACCUGCUCAGAGGACAUGAGGUUUGGAAAGCAAUACUUAAUACAAAGCUCUGAUGACAUGAUGAGCAAAACCUUUGAACCAGAGCCUAUUAACCAGAGUGCCACCAGUGACAGCCUGGAGGAGUACAUGGACAAAUGCUGCAGACUUAGUGAGGCACAAAAAGCAACUUCCAACCCACUGUCUUCAGGAUUGGGUUAUCUGGAGCACAUCUGCCAACUCGUUGAGAAGAUUAGCCAGCUGCAGGAGACUAAUGUCCAGCUGCAGAGGCAGAUCUGCAGUCUGCAAAACGAUGGCAGGAUGACAAAGACCAAAGAGGACUUCUUCCAGCAGCACUGCAGCUGUGGUGCAGCCAGCUUAGCCUUCCAGGAAGGUCCAAAAAUUCACUCCAGAAAUGAGUUUUUGUCACCCAGUGGAACCCUGUCUGACCUGUCCACCAUCCCAGAGGUUACAAAGCACCCAGUGUCAACCAGAAGAGGGGUGAGCAGUGACAGUUUGACCUUCCUCCCUAUGUGGAGGAAGACCUUGAACCGAAGGAGUUACACCGAGGGGGAAAUCCACUUCCUCGGGGACAGAACUGAGGGGCUCUCCAUCCCUCAGCACAGGCUGAGUGAAAGUUACACAUGGGCCCAAGUCAAAGAUAUGAUGAGGAAGACUAAGUCAAGGAAUCACAGCAAGCUGGGACUGACCUCAGCAUCCCUGAAGAUGUCCUGCCCUCAACUCUACAGACCUGACCUGGGAACAAUAGAACCUGCUACCACACACAGGAACUCUGUGAUUGCCUUGGGCCAGCAGAGAAAACUGGAAUUCCCUUGGCUUAAGUAAGCAUCCAGAUCAGAUCCAGAUGGUCUCACAUGAGGAAGAGAGGAAGGAAAGAAGGAAAGAAGAAGGAAGAAACUGAGAGAGUUAAAGGAGGACUUUAACAUGAAGAUACUGUUGCUGCACAUAUGGGGAAAAUAAGAGGGCAUAUGUGAGACAUGAAGCAACUGUUAAAUAAUUUAAUAUAUUCUGUAUUAUAUUCUGUAAUAUUAGCAUUACUAUGCUGUAGGUUAGGAUGCG